AUGUCUCUUCUUCUUCUCAGUCAGCCCCCGAAGUUGUGCUUUCGGAGACCUGUGUUGGUAAGAUCUUUUCCACAUGGACUCCCUAAAGGCUUCUCACCUUCUUCCAUGCCCGAAACACCUUUUCGUGUCUACAUCGGCAAGGAUCCCUGCAGACCGAGCCUUUCAUUCGUCAGGAAUCAGGUAACAAAACGAUCAUUUACGGAAGAGUGGCAAGAGAAGAGAGAAAAGCUUUUGGAGUUUACAAAGGAAGUAGGAACCCUAGGAUCAUCCAAUGGAUGGUUAACUACUGUGAAUGACGGCGUGCUGCGUUUCCGAGACGUUGAUCUAGACCUUGAUGCAGCUAGCGUUUCUCUGCCUCCUUUUGUGACUCUUGCUCAUUGCCAAACCCAAGUUGUGACCAACGUGGUCAUGUCCUCAUCUUCUCCUGAGGAUGAAGACUGUGUCGUGGCUGUCAAGUUCUUGGGGCCUCAACUCAGCUUCUGCAGACCAGGUCAAAGUAACUCCGAGUGGACCAACAUGAGGUUCGAAAACCCAUGCUUUUUCACCUCCCAUGUCAUGUAUUCCAAGAAAGACGACAUGAUACGCAUACUCGGAUCUGGAGGCCAUCUCAUCGGAUCAUGGGAUCUCUGCAAACACAGCAAGAACCACAUUCAGUUUCAGAGCUUGCGGUUUCAAAACCUUCCAAAGCUGAACAAGGCCAAACGAGACCACCUCGAUUCUUGCUACACAAGCGAACAGUUGGUGGAGUCAAGAACAAGCGGUGAAACGUUCUUGGUUAAGCUAUACAGGAAGACCGGCGAGAUCAUCGACAGUGUUGGGACAAUGAGAACACAAUAUUUAAUGGUGUUCAAGCUAGACGAACAAGGAAAUGCUGUUUACACUCAAGACACUGGAGAUGAAACCAUUUUCCUCACAAAGUGUGAACCUUUCUGCGUACCUGAUAGCACCUUCCCUCCACGCUGCGUCCAUAUCGUUGAUGUCGACGAACGCAGAGUUUUCAGGGCGACAGACUCACAGUGGAAUUUUCCGAGGAAGACCCACGUUAAACAUUAUUCCAGCCAAUGGUUUUGGGAUCGAGUCUAG